UUAAGCCCAUCAAGUUCCUAGCAACCACCAUGAGAUCAGCUGUCUUUAUCGAGAAAAUGUCAACAGGAAUGCAAUAGUAAUACGUUAUUCCCAGCGGUGUUCAUGCUUCUGGAGAACAAAUCUGAGCGGAGGAUCUUUCAUCAUUCAUUUUCUUGGAGUGGUGUUGCGCUUCUUUUGAACCACAUCACAGUCUUUCACAGCGGCUUCUGUACCUUCACCAAUCGCUGCUCACCUCAAGAUCCACACUUCUAAGGUGUGUGCUCACCUGGGUGGAGAGAUGGACAGAAACACACCCAGAUUUACACACGGAGUCCGAGAGGGAAGCGGCCACUGCAGAGAUUUGAUCAUAUAGACAUACAGGCAGGGUGAACGGGACAGUAUUUGGCUCUGACCGGAUUGUAAGCAGGAUGAGUGAGAGAGCUCUAGACGCGUUCAAAGGCAUCAGCUACAAGCCUGGCCUCCAAAUAUGGACCAUCAAUAAUAUGAAAAUGGUUCCUGUGCCGGAGCAAGCCUUCGGGAAUUUCUUUGAAGGAGACUGCUACAUUGUUCUCCACGGAAGCCAUGACUCCUCUCACUCCAUGGACAUCCAUUACUGGAUAGGAAAUGACUCCUCUCAGGACGAGCAGGGCGCAGCGGCCAUCUACGUGACCCAGCUGGACGAGUAUUUGGGCGGCAGCCCCGUGCAGCACCGGGAGGUACAGGGCUGCGAGUCACAGAAGUUCAAAGGCUACUUCAAAAACGGCAUCAUAUACAAGAAAGGCGGAGUUGCAUCAGGGUUCAAACACAUUGAGACCAACAUAUAUAACAUCCUGCGCCUGCUGCAUGUCAAAGGGAGGAAGAAUGUCACUGCCACAGAGGUGGAGGUGUCCUGGAAGAGCUUUAACACCGGGGACGUUUUCCUGCUGGACAUGGGAAAGACAAUUGUGCAGUGGAACGGCCCUCAGAGCAACAGGAGGGAGAGAUUAAAGGGAUGUAUGUUGGCUCAGGACAUCAGGGACAGAGAGCGAGGAGGACGAGCACAGAUUGGAGUGGUGGAGGGGGACAGAGAAGAAGCCUCCCCUGAACUGAUGAAGAUGAUGAUAUCUGUGCUGGGUCAGAGAACUGGGGCACUGAGAGAUGCUGUACCUGAUGACACGCCAGACCAGUUGCAGAUUGCCAAUGUCAAGCUCUACCAAGUUUCAGAUGCCAGUGGUCAGCUCAUGGUGCAAGAGGUGGCCUCCAAUCCACUGACCCAAGACCUGCUGCAUUCUGAGGACUGCUACAUUGUGGAUGUGGGAGGUGUGUCUUUGUCAGUGUGGAAAGGAAAGAAGGCAACGCUACAAGAGAGGCGUUCAGCUAUGGAACGAGCAGUGGGCUUCAUAAAGGCCAAGAACUAUCCCCCUACAACUCACGUAGAAGUGAUGAGUGAAGGUGGAGAGUCUGCCUUAUUUAAGCAGCUUUUCAAGUCCUGGACAGAGCCAGGCCUAACGCAGGGUCUGGGGACCACCUACACCAGGGGAAGGAUAGCCAAAGUGGACCAGGUGAAGUUUGAUGUCUUGGAGCUUCAUGCUGAACCUAAACUGGCCGCACAGGAGCGCAUGGUGGAUGAUGCAUCUGGAGAAGUUCAGAUCUGGCGAAUAGAGAACUUAGAGCUUCAGGAAGUGCCACGCAGCACCUAUGGACAGUUUUAUGGAGGAGACUGUUAUCUAGUGCUGUACACCUACAACAGAGCCAACAAACCAGAGUACAUCCUCUACAUGUGGCUGGGUCGCCAUGCCACCCAGGAUGAGAUAACUGCAUGUGCGUACCAGGCGGUGAAUUUAGACAACAGAUACAACGGCGCUCCAGUUCAGGUCAGAGUGACCAUGGGGAAAGAGCCACGCCACUUCCUGGCCAUCUUUAAGGGCAGACUGAUCAUCUAUGAGGGUGGUACGGGAAAACCUGGUGUAGUGAACCCUGAUACUGGUGCCAAGCUUUUCCAGGUCAGAGGAACCAAUGAAAUAAACACCAAAGCCACAGAAGUGCCCGCCAGAGCCUCUUCUCUCAACUCCAACGACGUCUUUCUGCUCAAAACUGACCUGGUCACUUACAUGUGGUAUGGCAAGGGUUGCAGUGGUGAUGAGCGUGAGAUGGGGAAGGUUGUAGGUGAUGUGCUCUCGAAGCAGGAUAAGCAGAUAGUGAUGGAGGGGCAGGAGCCGCCUCAGUUCUGGGUGGCUUUGGGUGGGAGAGCACCAUAUGCCAGCGACAAGAGGCUGGAGAAGGAGGUACCACUGCACAGUCCACGCCUCUUCGAAUGCUCCAAUCAGACAGGCCAGUUCCGUAUGACUGAGGUGGCCCAGUUCACCCAGGAUGAUCUGGACGAGGAUGAUGUCAUGCUGCUGGACACCUGGGAGGAGCUCUUCCUGUGGAUUGGCAACUCUGCCAACCAGUAUGAGACUCAGGAGGCAUACACCAGCGCUGUGCAGUACUUGAAGACCCACCCAGCUGGUCGGGACCCUGAGACGCCAAUCAUCUCUGUUAAACAGGGCUAUGAGCCCCCGACCUUCACAGGAUGGUUCAACGCCUGGGACUCUCACAAGUGGAGUGGAGGGUUAUCAUAUGAAGAGAUGAAGAGUAAACUGGGUGACUCAGCAUCUGCUACACAGAUCACUAUGAACCUGAAUAACACAGCUUUGAGCAGGAUGUCGGUGGGUGGUGACGGAAUCGAUGGUGCCCCUGGUGGACCCUUUGGUGAAAACUCCCCCCAGAGCUUCAAACCCCAAACCCCUCAGAGCCCCUCCAACAUGCGUAUAGAAGUCUCUCCGUUCAAACCUACAAGCUCUGGCACACUGAGUCCUGAGUUUCUGCUUAAUAAGAGUCCAAAGGAGCUGCCUCAGGGAGUGGACCCCAACAAACGAGAGGAGUAUUUGACUGACGCUGACUUUGAAAGCCUCCUCGGCUGCUCCAGGAAAGAUUUCCAGCGCUUACCAAAGUGGCGCCAGAGCGACCUCAAAAAGAAAGCAGGGCUUUUCUGAGAAAAAAUAAGAAAUGUUUUUCCUAAUGAGUUACUAGGCUUUAAAUAUAUAAAUAGAAAACAGAAAAAGACCAAAAAUGCUACAAAAGUGCUGCGUGAUCUGACAGAGACUUGAAAUAUGCUUCCUGUGGCAUCAAAUCAAUAUUGCUUUUAAUCAGAAUAUUUGUAGAAAUGCUCUCUUAGCACUGCAGCAGCUCUGAUGCAGUUCUGCUAGAAAAUACAUGUUUACUGUUACAUAGAUAGGCUGCAAUGCAAACUGAUUCAUACUUUACAGAGAUUUCCAAGAGUGAAAUGAUGUGCAGCACGUAGAAAAUCAACAAAACUUACAUUGUUGUACAAAGUCUAUCCUCCAAAAGUUUGUUUCGGACUUCUGAACAGUGAUUUCAAUGUUUUCAAUGACAUAACUUUCAUUUGGUUCUACCUAUUGGAUUAUAUAUCGCUGCUGUUGGAACAAAACCUUGUAUAUCAAUUUUUGUCAUUUUUCAGUUUUUUACAUAAUUU